GAUCCCUCGAACAUCCCAAUUACCAUAACGAGCUUCGACUUUUCUCAGACGGUUCAGGUCAGCGGAUCCGGCCAUGUCGUAUUAUCAAGAAGACCUCCCUCCUGUUCCACCGCCGGAUACUCUCACCGGCGACUCUACACCUGUCGGAGCAGACCAUUUGUCCGAGAGCAAGGACGUUUUCCUCGUCGAGUUCGAAGGUCCCAAUGAUCUGGACAACCCCAAGAACUGGCCUUUAUCUAAGAAGUUGCGCACCGUGUUUCUCGUGAGUAUGCUCACGGUGAACCUCACCUUCGCAUCUUCCGUCUCAAGUGCUGCGAUCGAGUACGUGAAGGACGAUUUUAAAGUUGGUCACGCGACGUCCAAUCUGCAAACAGCUGUGUUCCUGUUUGGCUUUGCUUUCGGAGCCCUUCCCUUGGCGCCUCUCAGUGAGCUAUACGGCCGUGCACCUGUUUAUUCCGCCACUCUUCUGAUUUCAUCACUCUUCGAGUUAGGCGGCGCCCUAGCUCCAAACAUUCAAACUCUAAUUAUCACCAGGUUUUUCGCCGGUUUCUUUGGCGCUACACCGCUUUCAAAUGCGGGUGGAUCCAUUGCCGACAUGUGCACGCCGUCAUUGCGUACCCUGAUCUUCCCCAUUUUCGCUAGCUGCGGUUUCCUAGGACCUCUUUUGGGCCCAGUGAUCGGUGGCUGGAUCUGUCAAGAGGCAGGUUGGAAAUGGGCCUACUGGGUUACUUUCUUUUGGGGUAUGGCAGUUUUGGUGUUGGUCGUCUUAUUUGCACCUGAGACGCUGGCAGAUGCGAUUCUCAGGAAGAAGGCAAAGGCGCUUCGUAAGGCCACCGGAGAUUCGCGUUACCAUGCAGCUGCAGAAUUCAGUGAAGACCAGACUGUUGCUAUGUUUAAGACUGCCAUGAGUCGGCCCUUCGUGUUUAUGGUCAGGGAACCGAUUAUCAUCUUCAUGACAUUGUAUAUCUCUGUCGCUUACAUCGUCUUGUUUGGUGACUUCGAAGCAUAUCCUCUUAUUUUCAGCGUUUACAACUUCAAUACCGGCGAAGUAGGCCUUGCUUUCAUUCCCAUUAUCGUUGGCGUUUUCUUAUGUUGCGCUACUACCCCGUUGGUGUACUGGCAUGAAAAUCGCACGAGACAGAGGCUUGGCACUGAUAUCGUGCCUCCGGAAACUCGCCUGGUGCAGCUUAUGCCUACAAGUCUGAUGAUGCCCAUCGCUUUGUUUUGGCUUGCUUGGACAUGCUAUAGUAGUGUCUCGUAUUGGAGUCCGCUGAUGAGUGGUGUUCCUCUGGGCUUUGGAUUCUUGUUCGUCUUCAUCGCUGUGUAUCAGUAUUGUAUCGACAGUUACGGAAAGAACGCUUCAUCAGCUCUGGCCGUCCUGACCUUUGUCCGCUACAACGCGAGUGGAGGAUGGGUUCUUGCAACUACCCCGCUUUUUACGCAUAUCGGAAAUCAUUGGGGGGCGAGCUUUUUAGCCUUCCUAUCUGUCGCAAUGAUUCCCAUCCCUUUCAUUUUCUACAGAUACGGAGCGCACAUCCGGAGUUGGUCGAAGUACGCUGUACGCUAGGCCAUAGUGUAGGCUUGUGUUCCCAAGCCACGGCCACGUUUGGAUGACACCACGAGGGCGCAGGGCUUCGUUCGCAUACACAUCUGAAUCUUCUGAAAUC